AUGCUAAAAAACCUGAAAAUAGAACAACGUGCUAAAGAAACGCAGUUAGAGGAGGAAAUGAUCGUGCAGGAGAGAAACGUGGAAUUAGGGAAAGCAUUGAAGGAAAAGCGGACACAGAAAGAAAAGGAGCUCCGUGAAAAGCAGCUGGCACAAGGGCGCGAGAUGAACAGAUGCCAUCUGAAGGAAGAGCGGCAGAAGGACGAGGAAUCAUUGUCGGAGGAAGCGGCAUUUUUGGAGGAACGUAGGAAGAUGCACGAAGAGUUCAAGAAGGCGAAGCAAAGAGAAAAGUCGUCGAAGGUCGCAACCAAGAAAGCGCGAAAAGAAGAAGAUGAGAAAGAGGAAGUAGAAGACAAAGACGACGAAGAAGAAAGCUUAGAAGAUGAAGAAGGAACCUAUGAAGAAGAAAGUGGAGAAGAUGAGGAAGUACUACGCACCGUGCGUGAGGCCAAGCAAGACGGGCCGAGAAGUGUCCGCGAGAAAGAUGGAGGGAUUGCCGCUAGAAACGUUAAGAGCCACACUGGAACAGGCGAAGGUGUUAAAGGUGGUAACGUAACCAGUUUUGAGAGUUCCUUUGCAGCAGUGUGCGUUCGAGAAAGCGGAAAGAACAGUGAUAAAGAUGGUUCAGUCUGA